GACGACAUUGUUGAGCGGCAGCCUCGGCGUCGCUGGUCCGUCACAAGCUGUGGCCAGACGCAGGACCAGGAUUGGCUCAGGCAAACUGCUGCCGCCGUUGCUGCUGCUAUUGAUCUCUGCUGCUGCCACAACAACAACAACAACUACAGAACCGACAACUACUACAAUAACUACUCAGCCUACAAGCCAGGAUGCAACAGCAACAGGGGCGACGACGCAGCACGCUGAGCUAUCCCGUGGCGCUGCUCGUGGCGGCCAUGGCGCGUACAACCCAACUAAUAGUAUUCCAGCCGACAUCGACAACAUCGAGCAGUCGAACGGUAAUGAUAGCUCCAGCUCCGAUCCAGCCAGUAACAACAACAACGACAACAAUAACAACACCAUCAUCCAGUCGAAUGCAACUUACAGCGACGAGGACGCUGAGCAGAUGCUGCCACAGAUUCCGUCGUAUAUACGCACAACCGCCAUGUUCUUCUGCAUAAUCAUCAUGCUGCUGGGCGUCAUCGGCAACGUGAUGGUGCCCAUCGUCAUAGUGAAGACAAAGGAUAUGCGCAACUCGACCAACAUCUUUCUUACCAAUCUCAGUAUUGCCGAUCUGCUGGUUCUGCUCGUCUGCACACCAACCGUGCUUGUCGAGGUCAACACACGUCCCGAGACCUGGGUGCUUGGCCACGAGAUGUGCAAAGCUGUGCCAUUUGUGGAGCUGACGGUGGCUCACGCCAGCGUCUUAACCAUAUUGGCCAUCUCAUUCGAGCGCUACUAUGCCAUCUGUGAGCCACUGAAGGCCGGCUAUGUCUGCACCAAGGCGCGUGCGAUUCUCAUCUGUGUGCUGGCCUGGGGCAUCGCUGCGCUCUUUACGAGCCCCAUACUGUGGGUGGCUGAGUACAAACUGGUCGAGUAUAUCGAUGGAUCAUCGGUGCCAGUUUGCCUCACCCAGGCAAUUGGUGUAUCCACCGUUGGUUUCUUUCUGAUGACCAUAUCCGUGUUCUUCGUGCUGCCAUUUCUAAUACUGGUUGUCCUCUAUGGCAUCAUUGCGCGCAACCUCAUCUCCAAUCAGGGUCCCAUGCUGCGCGCCCGUCCCACCAAGCCGGAGCUCAGUCUGAAGGCCCGCAAGCAGGUGGUCCUCAUGCUGGGCGCCGUUGUGCUCUCAUUUUUCGUCUGCCUGCUGCCAUUUCGUGUGCUCACACUCUGGAUCAUAUUGAGCACGGAUCAGACGCUGCACGACAUUGGCCUCGCCCGCUAUUACAGUCUGCUCUACUUUUGCCGCAUCAUGCUGUACCUCAACUCGGCCAUGAAUCCCAUACUCUACAACCUGAUGUCGACCAAGUUUCGCAAGGGUUUUGCUCGCCUCUGUCACGAUGCUGGUCGCUUACUGCUCAAGCUGUUGACGCUGGGUCGGAGUGCCCGCAGUCCGCAUGAGCUGCACGGACGCAGUGGCACCAUGUCGACGGGCACGGGAACGAAUACGAACUCAUCGAAUACUACGGCUGCAACCAACUCGAGCAUUUUGUCCCGCAGCUCGAAUCGAAGGACCAGCGAAGAUAUCAGUCGCACACGCCUGAAGAUUGAGCUGCAUAUUCCAUGUGGCAGUGAUCAGGAGGCCAUGGCCAUGCUGCAGAACUCGACGAUGCGUAGCAAGCGGCGGGAGAGCGACAGCAGAUUGCUGACCAACAAGAAUCCGCAUCCGCGGCGCCACAAGCAACAAAUCAGCUUCGACGACGCCGCUGUGGGCGGAACUGCCAAGGAAGCUGUAAAUCUGGCCUAAGAAAAGAGGUGGCGAAGGCGCAACCAAAUGAAGCAUCGGCGCAAAAGAAAAAUGGACCAUAACCCGUUUACACUUACGCUUCAAUUCGCAAGGAAUUUGACGCAAGCAGCAGCAGCAGAAGCAGCAAGAGUAGGAGUUGACAGUCGUCUGAUCCUGGCAACGCCUAUACAAAUUGCGUUUUGAGCGAGUUUUUGGCAAGCAUAAUCGAUUCCCUUACGGCCGUUGACAGCUCGAGCUUUGCCGUUUUCAUGAUCCUGGUCCAUCGGUUGCUGCUGCUGCUGUUGCUUGCGUCUUGGACAUUUCCGCACAAAAAACAAUCAAUUUUUCGGGCUAUUAAACUCGAAUGAAAGUGCCAAAGAUAAAUAACAGCAACGACAGCCAAAGCACUACAACAACUACAACUGGAAACAGCCGUACAGAACUAUUGGAAACGUGUUCGGGGGCGGGGAGACGGGACGAUGGGCCACGAACGCCAUUAAGCGGCGGGCGCAUGUAAAGCAUGGCAAAUGGAAAUGGCUUAAUAUGCGUUUAGGCAACGACUUGGGAGCCCAUCAAGACGGCGGAUAAACAUGAUUUAGGUGUAUUGAAAUACAUAGUUUCAGUUCAUUUGGGGCCGCUGCCCACCCAUGCUUUUACUUUUACUCUUUUCGAGUCGAGUUUGUCGGCCAUUUCAGCUCCAUUCCAAGAUGCCAGCUAUUAGAUGAGGCGCUAUAACAAAACUGUUGCCUACUUUGCGGCGGCGCCAAUAAAACGAACAAUGCACAAGCCGCAUGUACAUACAUUCACACACAUACAUUCACAUGCAUUAGUUGAGAUGCCAUAUAAAAAGUGUUGCCUACUUUGCGGCGGCACAAACAAAGUAAACAAUGCACAAUUAUACGCACUUACACACACAUGCCAAUGCAAAAAUAUGUAUUAUACCGCCACACACACACACAUACACAACAAAUAAAUAUGUACUUACGCCCAUAAGGGCGCCAUAAUCUUUAUAAGUUAAUAAAGUUUUGUAUUGCAA